AUGCUAGACAAGGCGCGCUCUCAAAGCAAACACAUGGACGAAUCUAAUGCGGCUGCCUCUCUGCUUUCGAUGGAAACAACCGCCAACAAUCAUCACUAUUUGCACAAUAAAACAUCUCGUGCCACGCUGAUGAAUAGCAGCCAAGACGGCAAAAAACAUGCAGAAGAUGAAGUUAGUGAUGGAGCUAACUCCCGCCAUCCUACAAUUUCCAGUGCUAGCAUCGAAUCUCUCAAGACAACCUACGAUGAAAACCCUUUGCUUUCUAUUAUGAAAUCGACAUGUGCGCCCAACAACACUCCCGUGCAUACUCCGUCUGGUUCGCCGAGUUUGAAAGUCCAAAGUGGCGGAGAUAUCAAAGACGAUCCUAAGGAAAACGAUACUACUACUACGACCAAUACUACACUUCAAGAUCGCCGUGACAGCGAUAACGCUGUGCAUGCUGCCGCCAGCCCACUCGCGCCUUCCAAUACACCUUCGGAUCCUAAGUCAUUGUGCAAUGGCCAUGUCGCACAGGCUACAGACCCACAAAUUUCCGGUGCUAUUCAGCCGCAGUAUACUGCAACCAACGAGGAUGUUUUCCCUUACUCCUCCACCUCCACUAAUAGUAACACUGCCACUACUACUAUCGUCGCCGGCGCCAAAAAAAAAAUACAUUUGCCGCCACCACAAGCUCCAGCGGUUUCUUCCCCCGGUACCACCGCAGCAGGCUCGGGCGCGGGCACGGGCUCGGGCAUCCGUUCCCGCACAGGAUCGGAUUUGCCGCUCAUCAUUACCAGCGCCAACAAGAACAACGGUAAGACUACCAAUUCGCCUAUGUCGAUACUGAGCAGAAACAACAGUACCAACAACAACGACAAUAAUUCGAUACAAAGCUCAGAUUCGAGAGAAUCCUCUAAUAACAAUGAGAUUGGCGGGUAUUUGCGCGGCGGAACUAAGCGCGGCGGCAGUCCAUCUAACGACUCUCAGGUCCAGCAUAAUGUGCAUGAUGACCAAUGUGCCGUGGGCGUGGCGCCCAGGAACUUCUAUUUCAACAAGGAUAGAGAGAUAACAGACCCAAAUGUAAAACUGGACGAGAACGAAUCAAAAAUCAACAUAUCGUUCUGGCUAAAUUCGAAAUACAGAGAUGAGGCUUAUUCUUUGAAUGAAUCAUCCUCCAACAAUGCUAGUUCAAACACGGAUACGCCUACAAACUCUCGACAUGCGAACACCAGCUCUUCCAUUACCAGCAGAAACAAUUUCCAGCAUUUUAGGUUCAACCAAAUACCUUCUCAACCUCCAACUUCCGCAUCUUCGUUUACAAGCACAAACAACAACAACCCUCAACGGAACAAUAUCAAUCGCGGUGAAGACCCGUUUGCCACUUCGUCAAGACCUUCUACUGGGUUUUUUUACGGCGAUUUGCCGAAUCGUAACAAUAGAAAUAGUCCCUUCCAUACAAAUGAACAAUACAUCCCACCACCUCCACCGAAAUACAUCAAUUCUAAAUUGGAUGGAUUGAGAUCAAGAUUAUUGCUCGGUCCGAAUUCUGCAUCUUCAUCUACCAAACUAGACGACGACUUGGGUACAGCAGCAGCAGUGCUAUCAAACAUGAGAUCAUCCCCAUAUAGAACUCAUGAUAAACCCAUUUCCAAUGUCAAUGACAUGAAUAACACAAAUGCGCUCGGUGUGCCGGCUAGUAGGCCUCAUUCGUCAUCUUUUCCAUCAAAGGGUGUCUUAAGACCAAUUCUGUUACGUAUCCAUAAUUCCGAACAACAACCCAUUUUCGAAAGCAACAAUUCUACAGCUGUUUUUGAUGAAGACCAGGACCAAAAUCAAGACUUGUCUCCUUACCAUUUAAAUCUAAACUCUAAAAAGGUUUUAGAUCCCACUUUUGAGUCAAGGACAAGGCAAGUUACUUGGAAUAAGAAUGGUAAGCGAAUAGACAGACGCCUUUCUGCUCCAGAACAACAACAGCAACUGGAAGUUCCACCAUUGAAAAAAUCGAGAAGGUCAGUUGGAAACGCAAGAGUAGCAAGCCAAACCAAUAGCGAUUAUAAUUCUCUUGGCGAAUCCUCAACUUCGUCAGCUCCAUCGUCUCCAUCUUUGAAGGCUUCUUCUGGCUUGGCAUAUACCGCUGAUUAUCCUAACGCUACUUCGCCGGAUUUCGCUAAAUCUAAAGGAAAAAAUGUCAAGCCUAAGGCAAAAUCAAAGGCGAAACAGUCAUCAAAGAAAAGACCAAAUAAUACUACUUCGAAAUCAAAAGCAAACAAUUCUCAAGAAUCGAAUAAUGCUACUUCCUCAACGUCUCAAGGUACAAGGUCCCGUACUGGUUGCUGGAUUUGUAGAUUAAGGAAAAAGAAGUGUACCGAGGAAAGACCGCACUGUUUCAACUGUGAAAGGUUGAAAUUGGACUGUCACUAUGACGCGUUCAAACCAGAUUUUGUAUCUGAUCCAAAGAAAAAACAGAUGAAACUGGAGGAAAUCAAGAAAAAAACAAAAGAGGCCAAAAGAAGAGCAAUGAAAAAAAAAUAA